UUAUGUUUAUAAAUGAUGGAUACGAAACAAAAGGGUUCUAACAUGAAGUUUAAAUCUAAAGCCAAUUUAAAAGAGGAGAAGGUAAUGGAGUUGGCGGGAAAAAUAGAGGAAACAGACGAAAUGAAAUUGAAAAUGUUAGCUGGGUUGGAUAAACCAGAUCCGGAUGACGCUAUUUAUCCAGCAGAACUAAAUGCCCAUCUAAUUGAACAGCUUAAGAUAAUGACAAGUGAAAACAAUGAACUGCGGAAAUGUGUGUUUACAAAAGAUGAAAUUAUUAAGCAACUGAAUAAAACCAUAACUGAUCUUAACCAACGAAUUCGUGAUAUAAUUUCUGGAUCAGGACCGGUGAUAUCGUCAAAAUCAGCAGGUGUUAUCAGUGCCAAAAUAGCAAGAUUGUGCAAACAAAACCGACAUCUGAUUGCUGAAAUAGAAAGUUAUAAGACUAAAAAUGCUUCUCUUGAGAGAAAAAUAAUGCAAUUGGAUAUUGUAAGUAAAGAAAACAAAAAAUUUGAAGCCUGCCUUUGCAAAGAAGAACCUAUUGAUGCCAAUUCAGACGAACUGAAGGAGUUGAACAGUAAACUUUCUGCUGUCAAUAAAAAGUUAUACGAGAGUAAAAAUAGAAAUCUUGAAUUGAAAAAUGACAUCUUAUUAGCAACAAAAAUAUUGCAACAGGAGCUGGGUGACAAAUUCACGAGCAUCAGAGAUUUACAAAACGAUAUAGCGGGUUGGAAAGGGAGAGCACAACAAAUUUUCCUGUUACAAGCAAAAAUCACCGAGCUUGAAGGAAAACUUAAUGGGAAGCAAAAAGACUCUGUUCAAAUGAAGUGGAAGGAUCAAAAUCAAUUUAUACGUGACUUAGAACUGAAACGAAAAAAAGAAGCAGAUCAAGCCAUAAAAGAGUCAGAGUCGCUCAGAGAAGAAAAUCAGGAUCUAAGAAAAAAAUUAGAAGGAGCUCGUUGUAGGAUAAGAAAUCUAGAAUGUGAUGCAACACUAAUCAGGCAGAAAAUGCAAACAUUUGUCGAGAAGAGUAAUCAUGACGAUCUCCUGGUAAAUGAACAGCGGAAUCAAAUAAAAAACUUGGAAAUAUAUUAUCAGGAAAUCCUUAGAGAAAAUACAUGCAAAAUGAAUAAAAUGAACAGUGAAGUUGGUGAAUAUAAAAAACUUUUAAAAAAUACAGACGCCAAAAUUGACGCUUUAAGGCAGCAAGCUUCGGAAAAGGCGACAAAAAUAGACGAAUUGAGAGCACAACUUUUGAGAUACGAAGAAUGUUCGUUACAAAGUGUGUUUUUUACACCAAUGAAGACGGCAACUGAUAAUGAAAUAAAAACAUUAUCAGAAUUAGUAGCAACGCUGAAUGAAAGAUUAAAUACUGAACGCCGAAAGUGGAUAGAUUUGGAUUCAGAUCACCGAAAACUCAGAGAAAGGAAGAAGCGCCAAGAGAGACGUUUAGCAUCACUAGAAGAGGAAAUAAAAGUAUUAAAAGAAAGUUCCAAGAGGGGAUCAAAAGCGUCAAGAACUCUGUUAAACAAAGAGACAACAUUAUAUGACCCAGUAGCAGAAAGUACAGUUUUAAGAAAACUCUCUUCAAUACCUGCACUUGAUAAACCCAGCACGAUAUCCUCGGAAGCUCCCACUGGUGAAGGGUACGAAACCCUAGAGAAAGAAGAUCUGAGAUUCAAACUAGAACUAGCAGAAGAGAAACUUAAAAUAAUGGAAGACAAAUUAAAAAUGAUUGAAGAAGAAAAACAAGAAGACUAUAACAACUUAACAGAAAUGAUACAAACUUCGAAACAACUUUUUAAUGAUGCAUUGACCGUUUUAAAGCGUGAUAAAUGCCAAUGUUUGUAGU